AUGAAUUGGACCAAUGAUGGCUGUGAAGUUUGUCUGUUCAGCACUGCUAGUACAAGCAACGCAUGGCAGGGCACGAGUCAAGCCUUCUACUUGCCGGGAGUGGCGCCAGUGCAAUAUGACGAUGGUGCACGGGUUGAUCUCAAGGUGAAUAAGCUUACAUCAGUGAAGACCCAGCUGCCGUACGACUACUAUACGUUGCCAUUUUGCAAGCCAGUGUCCGUGGUGCAAAGCGUGGAGAACUUGGGUGAGAUCUUAGCUGGUGAUCUCAUAGAGAACUCACCUUAUGACCUCCGGAUGGGUGACAACCAGAAUUGCAAGCUGCUCUGCAAGCAAGAGCUGAAACAGGGUUCUGGUUUUUCUGCUUCCUUUGCCAUGUCCAAUGUGAUGCGGGAAGCCGCCGAUGUCUCAGUUCUACCUCGAGCCAUCAGCGAAUGCCUGGAGCGUCAACGCAUCGAGCUCCAACGAGUUCUUAGCACCUUGCCCAAGGCCAUACCCGAUGUGAAGAUUGGGGAUGUCAGCAGGGAUGGGUCAGUAGCUGAGAUGCCCGAGACUUUGCCAGUACCAGGACAUGUGGAGGAGAAUGAUCCACAGACGACAUCCUGGACUACUGAAGCCUGGAAACACUUCUCCGAGCUUGACUCGGAGAACAGCUAUGAAAGGACAAAGAAGAAAAGCUGUUACUGGGAAGGUGAAGCACGGAAAGUAUCCGUGAUACAGCAACCGGAGCAAAGUAUUUGGGUGAGGAUACAAAAGUCUUGCAGUACCAUAUUACGUCACCGAGCUUUUGAUCUGGUCUCUGGAUCGGUGAUUCUCCUGAACGCUGCGUGCAUUGGAGCACAAGUGGAGUAUGAAUCCUGGAGCCAUGGACCAGAGGAACCCAUCUGGAGAGCGAUGCAAAUUAUCUUUUGUCUUGCUUACACGUUCGAGCUCCUACUCAGAGUUGGUGGUCAGGGUCGACAUUUCUUUGGUGUGGUGGAUUGGAGAUGGAAUGCAUUUGACCUCUUCAUCACUUUGGCGUCCAUCGUUGACGUGGUCAUGACUUUCACGAUGGAUACUGGAAAUGUUGGUGCUCUGGGCAUUGCGCGCGUCUUGCGGAUUGUGCGGGUGGCAAAGAUUAUUCGUGUCGUCAGAUACCUGCGGAAUCUCCGGGCCAUGAUCUUCACUCUGCUGCACACCUUGUCGUCUCUGGGGUGGGCUUUGGCCUUGAUGGCGAUGAUCAUGUUCCUCUUCGCCGUGGCCAUCACGGAAGCCACCACUGUUCACGUAGUUCACCAAGGAACUGGUGACACUGGUGACACCACUAAACUGAUGAGAUAUUGGAGUUCGAUCUUAGGUUCUAUGUAUACGCUGUUGUUGUCCACUUCUGGUGGUACCAACUGGAUAGAGCCCGCAUCUGCACUACAAGAGCUACAUUUUAUCUACCCGAUUCUCUUUGUAUUGUAUAUAUGUUUCAUGGUGUUUGCCAUGUUCAACGUCCUCACUGGUUUUUUCUGUGAGCACGCCUUUGAAAUGGCCCGGACAGAAAAGGAAUCAUUGAUUCAGGAACAGCUGCGAAGGAAACACAUCUACGUGAAACACUUUAGGCAAUUGUUUGCUGAAGGUGAUGCUGACGGCAGCGGGUUCAUCAGUUUUGAUGAGUUCGAGCGCUUUUUGGAGGAUGAGCAGCUCCAAGCGUAUUUGGCGCAUUUCAAUGUCGAUGUGGACAGCGCUUGGCAGAUCUUCCGGCUGAUCGACUCCAACAAGGACGGCUCUGUGACGCUGGAGGAGUUCAUCUCGGGGCUGUUGACCAUGAAGGGCCCAGCGAAGGCCAUCGAUGUGAAAACCAUCGGCUAUGACAUUGGCAAAGAGUUUCGAAGAAUGAAGCGACGGAUGCAGAGUGUCGAUCAUCAGCUCAAAGAGAUCCGCGGGAUGCUGACCAAGUGA